AAAGGCACAGGAGGCGGAGUUUGCUCCAUUUUACCCGACUGUCCUGAAAAGUUUGCUAGAAGCAGCCUUUACGCGUGGCGCAGCUCCUACCUGCCGCACCUGCUGACAACACGGAACAGCUGUUUUGACUUUGCUUCAGCUCGGAUUUACCUCAACAUGAGCAAGUGAUCCCAGCUGAAGGUGAAGAUAAUAAUUAAAAAAAAAGUCCUGUCUGCGCACCAAACCAGUCAACGUCAACGAUGAAGAAGGGAAAGCAUAUUUUUGGCAGGAAGAACCAAUCUCUUUAUGACACCAACCUUAAAAUCCAGGACAGGGAGAGUGUUGAGUUGGUGUUGAACUCAGACGCUACAAGAUUUGAAUCGGGGACCGCCAACGUGAGGGCCAGACCCACCGUCAAGCAUCAUGCUCAAUCCUCGUUUGAACCCUUCCAAGGAUUUGCUGUCCCGACUCCGAAAGUCCCUGAUCUCCCCACUGCCAAUGGUCCAAAACUCAACGGGACAGGUACUGGAGAUCUCUCAUCCACUGGAUCUGUUGUAUCAACGCCAGGCCAUGAUGAAGAGAUCUUUGUUCCUCCUCCUCCUUCAAAGGCCCCUCCACCCCCUCCAGUGGAUUUCAUCCCUCCCCCACCAGACUUCAUGGGUGACUUAAAUAGCUUAGACCCUGUAGCCCUCCAGCCUCCAUCCAUGCCAGCUCCAAAGCCACCAUCCAUGGUGGAGGAGGAUUUGUCUCAUUUAAAACCACCACCAAUGGCACCUCCUAAACCUCUAGCUGCCAACUCCUCUGUGUACUCCGUACCCGUCUCUCAUGAACCGCCAGCCAAAGCGCCGGAACGUCCAAAGUUUGCCCCGCCGCAGCCCCCUAGUGAUAAGCACCACAAGAGUCACAAGCUCCCACCUCCAAAGCCCCUUAGAUCUUCCUCUGUAGCCAUCACCGAUUCCCCACCACAUUCACCUGCACCACCUCCCCCGGCGCCCACAACCACAUUGUCCACCUUCAAUCCUCAAAACAAAGCAAAGGUUUAUGAUCCUCCAAAGAACACGUUUCGCGAAGGCUUCGAUAAUCAGAAGGAAACACCAAAGAUGUUAGUCUUGCAAGAAUCGGGGUCAGGUAACUCUGCUCCUGCAGUGGUGACAGUGGAUGGAAAAGUGCCUCAAGCUGCUCAGCUAACUAAACCUGUGGCCAAACCCAUACAAGAACUUAGGGAGGCGUUAGAAAUAACGAAAAAGCCUGAAUUACCUGAGGUCCACAAAGAAGCUAAAACAGAGGUUAAAACUGAGCCUAAAAUGGAAGCUCCGACAGAGACCAAACCAGAGGCUAAAGCAGACACCCUUCCAGCUCAGUCAGAUAUAAUGAAACCCCUCCAGCCUCCACCGUCACAGAAAACGGCCGAUGUCCAGUUCAACUCACAGACCAACAGAACCAAAAUGCCGUUAUCUUCAGGUCAAGGCCGCAGUUUCAGUCCCUUAUUGGACCGUAAACUAUACAAUCUGAAGGCUAAUGAAGCCAAACCAUCUUCAACAUCGCCGUUGGAUCUCCUGAAGGCAGCUAAGGAAAGAGAGAAACGUAAAACUCAAUCUUUGUCCCGCGAAAGCAGCAUCAGUAAGAGUGAACCGACAAAUGCCUACACAGUCCUCCCAAGGUCAACUUCUUCAGUUGUAUCGAGUCAAAAAGCCCCACAUGAGUAUCCAGUUGUUAGACCCGAGGAACCUAAAACAACGAUCAAGGCUCCAGAAAACCACAUAAGACAAACAACGCUGGCCAAAGAUCAGAAACUACCAACUGAUACAGUUUUGAGUAAAUUGACAGCAGAUCCGUCUCCGGCUGUGAGCAACCUGGGUGAUCAGAGGCAAAGACAAGAGGAAAAGCUCUCAAAGUUCCAAGAGGUACAGAAUGAUAUUCCUAAAGAGGUGAAUUUACCAUUGCUCCCUCCACCCCCAGAGUUUGGUGACUUGAUGGAUCAAAUACCAGAGCUACCCCCCUCCAUCCGUCCGCCUGAUCCCCCCACGACAAAAGCACCAACACCACCUGUUGUAACGCAGUCUUCAGCCCCCGCCAAGACUCCAGUUCAAGCCCCAGUCAAGACUCCAGCUCCUCCCCCAGUCAAGACUCCAGCUCCACCCCCAGCCAAGACUCCAGCUCCACCAAAGCUCCCACCUCCUGAAGUACUAGUCAAAUCAAAGCAAUCACUCCAGUCUAAACCCAGUACAGCCCCCACUCAACUACCACCAAAUCUUUCACCCAACCAGGCUACCCUCCUUAGUAUUUUACAGAAGAAGAUGUUGGAAAUGGACCACAAAAUGAACCAAGGCAACGACUCAGAGCACAAUUCUGAUGACUGGAGUACGGCCGUGUCUGACGAAGACCACAGGGUGCCGGCGGCACCGCAACCCAAACCGGCGAUCAAAAAUCCCCCCACCACCAAACAAGCAUCUUUGGACAUGAGGGAGUUGGAGACCAAAGUGGCCAAGAAACACCACCAGAGUACACAAGUGAAAAGUACCCCCAGAAAUGGGAUACAUUCUAGACACCAGUAUGGCAUGACGUUCACCAUCAGGCCUGGAACCAAACAGCCCAUGACUCUUGUUAGUAGAGGGGACUCCUGAAGGUCUUUGAAUGUCGGACAAACCUGCCGUACACGCAAUAGCAUUUGCUAGCGUCCUUUCCACACUAAUGUGGAUAUUUUGCAAAACUGCACCUCCUGGUUCCAUGCAAACAGGGUUUUAGCCAAGAAGAAGAAAAAAAAAACAAGAUAAAAAAAACUGUUUUCUAUUCUUAUAAGCUCCAUCAUUUUGAAAAAAGUAACACGGUGGUCCACUUUGCACAUAUCCACCCUGGCUUUUUUGGUGCUGGAAACCCCCACAAUAGAGCAGUUUUUUUUCUUGGUUUAUUUAAUUAAAUCUCAAAUGCAAGAGGAAGAGGUUAUACUUAGCCUGGUACUGCUUUAGCCAUGCUCUUUUUUAUUUUGAUGCAAUAAACAUCAACAUCACCAUCCGCAGGUGCAUCGUAGCUACUACAGCUUUUUUGAUCGGAAUUCCAGAUAAAGUGAAAGUGCAGAUUGCGUUUUCAAAAACUGAUAAACAAAUAUAAGUUUAAAAAUAUUCAGAAUAAAUUAUCUGGGGCCUAAAUAUUAUGUAGUAGUAAUUUGUGCAAUGACACAAACAUAGUUGGCUAUUGUGUUAUAAGCACUUUCAAUGUUAAUGAGGAAGCCCAGGCUGUCACAAGUAGUCAUAAAUACCUGUCCUGCUUUUAAAACAUAAACAUUUUGUCUGUUUAAUCAGAUAUUUUAGAGAUGCACCACUCAAUCUUGCAAAUGUUUAACUGGCUUUGAUUGGUUGUUGAUUAACAUAAAAACAAAGAAAAAACAGAUGUCCCACCCACCUCCCACGUUUUGAGCUUAAUAAAAACCAAGUAAAGUUUGAGAAACCUGAUUUUUGUACAUAAAAGGGGAUAAUCUUGAUAUAUGUUUCUUUUUGGGGGGGUGGGCGUAAUCUUGCAAGAUCAACAAACCUGCAGCAUGUUUGUCUCUCUUUUGUGUUACAGUAACAAGUCGAAAAUCGAAAAUGUCUAGGUCAGAUCUAGAAAUCUGUCGAGCAGAAACAAAUAAGACAUGUGUAUCUUUAAUUUUUAGCAAUAUUAAAGUUUUUAUGGGUAUUUGUCCUUAUGCAUGUAAAUCGUCGAUUUUCUUUAUAGUUCUCGCAACGAUUGGCUGUAAAAUAUGAUACUGUAUAGAAUAAGUGUAUAAGCUGGAACUACACACACAUUCACCAUAAUGUUCAUCCACUGUUACAUGUACAUUAGUCCAUCAGAACAUAGACUGUCAAUUUAGGCAACCAGUUGCAUGUUUUUUUUAUAUUUAUUGAUUUUAAAAAUAUUUUACUAUCUACGAAGUCUUCCUACGAUUAAUUAUUGAUGUAGUUACACUAUUGUCACUGUACAUAUUAGCUUAGAAUAUUUUUUUGUGUAAUUUAUAAAGCUUUUAUGAAUGUC